CCGGAAACAGUGACCGGAUCCCUCCGGAAGAUCAGGGUCCGGGCUCUCCCAGCAUCCUUUGCUUUCCGGCUAUGCUCAGUCCUGUCCGGCCAGUCCCGCCUUGCGCGCCCAUUUCGAGCCCGAGUUUCAAGCUCGACUUUGCAGGCUCGAGAACCCGGAACAGAUUUUCCAGGACUGGGUUCUUGGGCAGUGGCUAUGGGGGCAGGAAUGGCGCAGCUCGAGGGUUACUACUUCUCGGCUGCCCUGAGCUGUACCUUUUUAGUGUCCUGUCUCCUCUUCUCAGCCUUCAGCCGGGCGCUGCGAGAGCCCUACAUGGACGAGAUCUUCCACCUGCCGCAGGCGCAGCGCUACUGUGAGGGCCAUUUCUCCCUCUCGCAGUGGGAUCCCAUGAUUACUACAUUACCUGGCUUAUACCUGCUGUCAGUUGGAGUGGUCAAACCUGCCAGUUGGAUCUUUGGAUGGUCUGAACAUGUUGUGUGCUCCAUUGGAAUGCUCAGAUUUGUUAAUCUUCUCUUCAGUGUAGGCAACUUCUAUUUACUAUAUUUGCUUUUCCGGAAGGUACAACCCAGACACAAGGCUGCCUCAAGUAUCCAGAGAAUCUUGUCAACAUUAACAUUAGCAGUAUUUCCCACACUCUUUUUUUUUAACUUCCUUUAUUAUACAGAAGCAGGAUCCAUGUUUUUUACUCUUUUUGCCUAUUUGAUGUGUCUUUAUGGAAAUCAUAAAACUUCAGCUUUGCUUGGAUUUUGUGGCUUCAUGUUUCGUCAAACUAAUAUCAUCUGGGCUGUCUUCUGCGCAGGAAAUGUCAUUGCACAAAAAUUAACAGAAGCUUGGAAAACUGAGCUACAAAAGAAGAAGGAAGAGAGGCUUCCCCCUAUUAAAGGACCAUUUUCAGAAUUCAGGAAAAUUCUUCAGUUUCUUUUGGCUUAUUCCAUGUCCUUUAAGAACUUGAGUGUGCUUUUCCUUUUGACUUGGCCGUACAUCCUUCUUGUGUUUCUGUUUUGUGUUUUUGUAGUUGUUAAUGGUGGAAUUGUUAUUGGCGAUCGAAGUAGUCAUGAAGCCUGUCUACAUUUUCCUCAACUCUUCUACUUUUUCUCUUUUACUCUCUUUUUUUCCUUUCCUCACCUCUUGUCUCCUGGCAAAAUUAGAGCUUUUCUUUCCUUAGUUUGGAAACGUAGAAUUCAGUUUUUUAUGAUCACCUUAGUCUCUCUGUUUUUAGUUUGGAAAUUCACUUAUGCUCAUAAAUACUUGCUAGCAGAUAAUAGACAUUAUACAUUCUAUGUAUGGAAAAGAGUUUUUCAAAGAUAUGAAAUUAUGAAAUACUUGUUAGUUCCAGUAUAUAUAUUUGCUGGUUGGAGUAUAGCUGACUCCUUGAAAUCUAAGUCAAUUUUCUGGAAUUUAAUGUUUUUCAUAUGCUUGUUUACUGUUACAGUACCUCAGAAACUGCUAGAAUUUCGUUAUUUCAUUUUACCUUAUGUUAUUUAUAGGCUUAACAUACCUCUACCACCUAUAUCUAGACUUGUUUGUGAACUAGGCUGCUAUGCAGUUGUUAAUUUCCUAACUUUUUAUGUCUUCCUAAACAAGACUUUUCAGUGGCCAGAGAGUCAGGACAUUCAGAGAUUUAUGUGGUAAAGAGAUUAUGUCAGAGAUAUCUUGAGUUCUAAAAAUAGACUUAUAUAGACUAUCUCCACAAUGAACAAUUGAAGAGGUAAAAAUUACGGACUUUGUUUUAGGCACAGUGGUGAUCCACAGAUCACAUCAAAUUUUUUGUGUUUUAAACAUACAUAAUAAAUCCAAGGAACUGAUAAAGAACUGAUAAAAGUUUAAGACUUGCUCCAUAAGCCUGAAUAGUGGAAAAUGAAAUUGUUUACAGUUAUUUCAUGAUAUCUUUUUGAUACUGCUGACCACUCAAAAAGCUUGAAAACAUUUUACAGGUACAAGUUUAAGAAAACUGAGCUUUGUAGUACUGAAACUUAUUUAUGAAUUCUCUUCAGAAAGCAAUAGCAGACAAGUAUUUGAAACAUAUUGACAAAUGAUCAGGUAAUGUUCUUGAUUAAAAUAUUUCAGUGAUUAUAAUUUGAAUCAUAAGGCAAAAUAGACUCAGAUAGUAAAUGUUAUAAAUUAGAGGCUCAUCUAUGUUUAUCUUGGAAUUAAGUUGUUAAUUUUUGUUAAAAAUCUAGAAAUGAUCAAGCCCUUUCACUAAUUCUUUUUUUUUUUAAAAAAUAUAUUUAUUUAUUUAAGUAAUCUUCAUACCCAAUGUGGGGCUCAAACUCACGACCCCAAGAUCAAGUCACAUGCUCUACUGACUAAGCCAGCCAGGUGUCCCCCUUUCACUGAUUAUUAAUAUGAAAUAUAUGAUGGCCAAAGAUAAAUUGUGUUGAUGAUAAUACCUUUUAAAAGGGAUUUUCGUUCAGAGAUACAUUAGUGUGUUCAUUUCUUCUGGUUGCUGUAAGAGAUAACCACAAACUUGGUAGCUAUAAAAAUAUCUAAUUUCUAAAAUUAAGGUGUGGCCAGGUUGAUUUUUUCUAGAGGCUCUGGGAGAGAAUCUGUUCCAUGCUUCUAGCUUUUGGUGACUGUCUGCAGUCUUUGAUUUAUAGCUGUGUCACUCCAAUCUCUGCCUCUGUCUUCACUUGGUCCUCUCUCUCUUAUAAGGACAAUGUCAUUGGGUUAGGGUUUACCUUAAUCCAGGAUGGUCUUAUGCCAAGACCUUUAAUUAAAUCUACAAUGACCCUUUUUCAAAAGUAAGGGCACAUUUAUAGGUUCCGUGUAGACAUCUUUUUGUGGGAUACUUUUCACCCACUGAAGUUACCAAAGGAUAUUUUAGGAUAAACCUCAUAAAAUUUGUAGGAAAUAAUUUCUUUCUUUGCUGAGAUAUUUUAAAUAAAAUUACGUCUUCACUAAGAGCUGAUUCCAGGGUUACAGAAUUACAAAAGUAAGGGUAAUUUGGUAUUUGAUUCCAUUAUCCAAAAUAGAAGUGAAAGGAAGUUUAGAGAUCCAUUGAGCUAGUCUUAUUUUGUAGAUUAGGAAGCAACUGUUCAGAUAGGAAUUUUAUAUGAGUCUUUAAAUUCUGUGUCUACGGUUUCAUGUGAAUUCACUUGGUUGUCAUUCCUUUACAGAAAAGUAGUACUUGGACAUGUUUACUUUGACAUGCAAACUUAGAACUGUGAACAGAAUUUAUCUUUUAAUAUCAUUUUACAUUUGUAAACUUUUA